AUGGUUAGAUGCGGCAUACAUUACACAAACCAUGGAUCAGACCAUCAAGCUAUUGAAACGGAGUUUAAUAUAUCAGUUCUAUAUCGACCUGCCACCGAGAGACUGCUCUGGAAGAACGCGCCUUGGGCAGAAAUCAGAGCGAGAGUUACCACCAGCUUACAGGCGGUUUCUAUAGACGGCUCAGUCCAGCAGCAGACGGAUCACCUUAUGACAGCGACGACAGAUCUGACGCAGCUUCGCCAUAUAUAUACCUACAGGAGAAAUCAGGCCACAGCGCAGCGUAGGGCAGGACGUGCAAUCCCCGAGCUCGAACAACAGGCACGGGAAGCGGCAAAAGAAUAUCAUGAUGCAAUCAGGAAACAGAAGAAGGCACACUGGGAGGAUUUCCUUGCUGAUGAUGCUAAUAUAUGGCAAGCAAGCAAAUAUCUGAAACCCAGUGGUAGCUCAUUUAACGACAAAAUUCCACCAUUAGCAAAGGGGGACGGAUCUACUACCAAAGAUAAAGUAGAACAGGCGGAAGAGCUGCUUGCGACUUUCUUUCCACCGUUACCAGCAAGAAUUGAAGAUGAGAGAACCCAGCCACAAAGAGAGCCGAUACACAUGCCCGAGCUCACUAUGGAGGAGAUCGAACGGAAGAUCUUUGAAGCGAAGCCAUGGAAAGCACCAGGAGAGGAGGGCCUCCCAGCAAUGGUGUGGAGGCAGCUCUGGCCAGUGGUUAAAGAAAGAGAAGAAAUCUACAAGGCCUGGAGAAAUAGAAAGGUUCUUAGCUUGGUCAGUUUUGAUGUCCAAGGGGCAUAUAAUGGGGUCCUUAAAGAAAGACUGCUGCAGAGACUGAAGGCAAGAGGAAUAUCGGAUAAGAUAGUUCAAUGGAUCAGUGCCUUUUGUUCGAGGCGCACCGCAACCAUUGUGGUUAAUGGAUUAACUAGUGAACAAAAGGAGCUUUUUCAAGCAGGCUUGCCACAAGGAUCACCGCUAUCCCCAAUACUAUUUCUCUUCUUCAACGCAGAUCUAGUACAACACAGGAUUAGCGCCGCCGGAGGAUCAAUCGCAUUUGUGGAUGACUACACGGCCUGGGUAACAGGCCCAUCAGCAGAUGCAAACCGUGAUGGUAUUCAAGCAGUGAUCAAUCGAGCCCUAGAUUGGGAAAAGCGCAGCGGAGCCACAUUUGAAUGUGAUAAAACAGCCAUAGUACACUUUACCCAGACCGCGAGUCGUUCAAGCAGCAUACCAUUCACCAUUAAAGGUGAAACAGUCAAGCCGAAAGAUAGUGCGAAGAUCCUAGGAGUAGUGAUGGAUUCACAACUACGCUUUGAGAAGCACAUUGCCAAUACCGCUACAAAAGGAUUAGCAGCAGCCAUGGCGCUGAGACGACUGAAAAUGGUAACCCCUCAGACCGCGAGACAACUAUUCAAAGCAACAGUGGCACCGGUGGCAGACUAUGCCUCGAACGUCUGGAUGCAUGCCUGCAGAGUAAAAGGGACACGGUACCUGAAUAGAAUGCAGAAACAUGGAGCGAUUGCAGUUACGGGUUCCUUCCGGACAGUGGCAACAGCAGUGGCUGAGGCAGAAGCAGAUAUUCAACCAUUUUAUAUUCAACACGCGGAGAAAGUCACAAAACUAUGGGUUGAUAUCCAGACUCUACCUAAGUCAAAUCCACUGGCCAGAUUGAGAACCGUCGCUACCCAGAGGUUCCGAUCUCCGCUACAGAGGAUCAUUCAUCCACUCGAGGCAAUGACAGAGGAAAGGAUUGAGACUAUCCAGGCAUUCACAGUGUCACCGUGGACCAACCGGAUACCAUCAAUCUGUGAAACAGACGAAGAUAAAGCCAUUAGCAAUGCCAACAAAGCAGUAGGCAUUCUAAUUGCUACAAGCACAUCCAUUAAAUCAGAUAAGGUGGGCAUAGGAGGCUGCACGAGAGACACCCGAGCAAGUGGGAACGAUAUAUCUAGUUACUCGACCCUCUUGGGCAAAAGAACAGAACACAAUCCGUACACGGCAGAGCUGGAAGCAAUAGCAACCUCCCUGGAACGCAUCCCAUGGCAGACAUAUCAGAGAUGCAUAUUUAUCCUCAGUAGCAAUCGAUCAGCACUGUCUGCUAUCAGCCAACCCCGUCAACAAUCAGGCCAAGAAUCAAUCCAGCGGAUAUAUAAACGGGUUCAAUACUUACAACAACAAGGAAAUGCAGUAGUCACAAUUUGGAUUCCAACACAUUCAGACAUGGCUGUGAAACAGCAAGCAAAAGCAGAGGCACGGAAAGCAACAAGAGUUGAAUCACCACCAGAAAAACCGCCACACCAAGCAAAAUCCACAGCUAUUAGGCUUGCUCUUGCGGAAAGGCAACAGGAAUGGACUCUCCCAGAACACGUCGGAAGAUACUCCAGAACGGUUGAUAUAGCCCUCCCAGGGAAACAUACAAGAAACCUAUAUAAUAGGCUGAAUCGGAAAGAGGCAAAGAUCCUAGCUCAACUUCGGACAGGAAUGACGAGGCUCAACAGCUAUCUAUAUCGGAUAGGUGCUGUAGAUUCAAAUCGCUGUGCCUGUGGCCAAGCAAGUGAGACAAUAGAACACUUCUUAUUCCGCUGCACGCAAUGGACAGCGAUGCGAGAAGACAUGAAUCAAUGCACAGAAUCAAGACGAGGAAAUCUAUCCUUCUUCCUGGGCGGUAAAUCACGUUCAGACCCCGAGCGAUGGCAACCAGAUAUGAAAGCUGUCCACGCAGCAAUCAAGUUCGCAAUCGCCACAGGAAGAUUGGAACAAGGACUUGAAUCAGAAUCCCAAUCAUCGCAGUGA